AUUUAUUAUUCUGUGCACUUUGAAAGACAAAAAAAAUUAAACUUGACUUAAUGCAAAAACUUUACUGUAGGCCUAAUUCUAUCGAUUUCAAAUGAGAAAGUAUUAUCAUAACUAAAACAGGUAUUUUACAAACUAUUAUUGCAUUAUGUGAUAAAAAAAAAACCCCCGAAACAGAACAUCUGUUAUUUCAGGUUCAAUUCCAGAUAAAUGGACUCGUUUCUGUCGUUUGCCCAUUUGUGUCCUUUAAACCAAAGAUCCCUUUUCGAUUUUUAAUUCAGCUGUUAAUGCUUCCAUUAAUAUACUGUUUAAAAAAAAUCGAAGUUGUAAAUAAAACAAAGAUUAUUGGACAUUUUACAAGAAAAUUGUGAUUCGGUAUUCUUCCUACUUCAAAAUUUCGCAUUUAAUUCAAUGCUUGCUGUUUCUUUUGUAAUUAUUAGUAACAUUUUCUAGCAAUUUUUAAGUGAAAAUUGUUUCUACACACCUUCAUUGCAGUGUAUUUAGUAAAACGAUAACAUUUUUCCUUUCGAUUUUCAACUAAAAAUACAUUUUAUAUUUGUAUUUAAAUUUAUAUUUGCAUGCUGUUUUGUUUUGCCUUAAAGAUGCAAAGAGGGUAUGGAGAUUUCUUCCCAGAAUCCCUCACUUCUAGUUUAACAGAAGAUCAAAGUAAGCAGCUCUGUGACCUGCUGGGGAAUGUGAAACUGACUCUUCUCUACAAAGCUUCAGUUUAUGGAUAUAAACCUCUUUUCUUCCACAAGCGAUGUGACAGUCAGGGUCCCACCUUACUUGUAGCCUACAACCGUACAGGCUACAUCUUUGGUGGAUACACUAGUGUAGAUUAUACUCGAAACGAGCAGUAUAUUACUGAUGAGGAGGCUUUCUUGUUCAGCUUUCAAGGCAAGUUCCCUGUCUACAUUAAAGUAAACAGUGGACAUUAUGCACGUUAUGACAAUGCUGGAAUGCCCAACUUUGGCCAACAGUUGUACUUUUGCAAAAACAAGCAACCAGUUGUGUAUAUUCAAGGAGGUAAAUCAUUCAGUUUUAAUGCUGAAAGAUUCUAUGGGAACGACUCUCGACUGACUGAAUGUGAGGUCUACAAAGUGGAGCAGAACCUUCAGACCAAGGAGAAGCCAUGGAGGAAUAUUCGGUGGACAUCUAUACGAAGAGCAGAGCUCAUGCAAAUGAUGAGGGAUUAUAAACCCCUGGUGACGUCUGUCAGCCGUGUUCGAAUCUUAAUGAUCGGUCCUGUAGGUGCUGGAAAAUCCAGUUUCUUCAACUCCAUCAACUCCAUCUUUACUGGUCACGUGACCAACAAAGCCGUGUCAGGAUCUGCAGGCACUAGUCUCACCACACAGUUUCGCACAUAUCCAGUGAAAGAUGGUCGUGAGGGAAAGCCAUUGCCGUUUGUGUUGUGUGACACCAUGGGACUCGAGGAGCAAACAGGUGCAGGACUGGAUAUUGAGGACAUCAGAAGCAUUCUUCAAGGUCACGUCCCAGACCGCUAUAAAUUCAACCCGAUGGUACCUUUUCAACCUGAUGAGCAAAGGGUCUACAGACCUGCAUCUCUAAAGGAGAAGAUCCACUGUGUGGUGUAUGUGAUAGACGGCAGCAAAAUCUCCCUCAUGUCCGACAAACUAGAGGAAAAACUUGCUGUAAUACACAGAGAAAUAAGCUCACUGGACAUACCCCAGAUGGUCUUGAUGACAAAAGUAGAUGAAGCAUGCCCUUAUGUAGAGAAGGACCUUUACAAAAUUUAUCUCAGUUCCUACAUCAAGUCAAAGGUGCAGGAGGUGAGCUCUCGGUUGGGUGUGCCGGUGUCUUGUGUGUUACCGGUGAAGAACUACAGUCAGGAGCUGGAGCUGGAGCUCAACUGUGACAUCCUGCUUCUUGCUGCUUUACAGCAGAUGCUUCGCUUAGCAGACGACUAUCUGGAUGAUGUUGAUGACUUUUAGGCUAUAAAAUGCUUCAGAGAUAGGGGUUUAUACCUCUUGAUCUGCAAUACGAGUAGGCUAAUCUUAAAUUAGAAGAUUUUUAUUCUGUUCGUCCAGAUCUUUCAUAAUCAUACAUAAUACCCACUUAAGAAAACAAUGGGAAAUGCCAACAAAGUUCACAUAUCAUUUAAGCUGUACAUUUCAUUAUAAUUGUUUGUUGCUUUUGUAGUUGGAAUAUUGUUGUGCCAUAAUCAGGUACAUAAUAUAAGAAUGAUGUGUUAGAAUUCAAGAUGCUAAAAUCUGUAUUAAGAAAUGCUUCUUUUGAUGAAAUUAUGUUCAGUUUUUGAUGCUUGAAAGUUUCUUUCAUAUGUGUGUGUGUGUGUGUGUGUGUGUGUGUGUGUGUGUGUGUGUGGAGAGAUUAUAAAUGUAAUGAAAUUAUAUGUAGCCUAUAAUUGUUUUAAGAAUGACGUCAUGGUCAUCUACAUUUCAUUAAAACUCGCAAAAGACUAA